AAAAGGGGGUGAAGGGCCAUGAAGGAGAAAUGUGAUUGAGUAUGUGGGAGAGGAGUUAGAGGAGGAGAAAGCUGGGAGGUGUGUUGCUCUGCUGCUGCUGGUUAAAUCUACUCCAAAUAGAUGCAGUUUCCUCAGUCCCGCACGGUCAGGAGACUGCUUUGAAACUUUCAGUAUUCAACUUUUCUUCCUGUGUCCAUGCUGACUCUCCAUCAGGGAGGAGGAGACGCUCUAGUCCUCCCUCAGCUCAUCCAUUUGUUCUCUGCAGAACCGUAUCCCUUUCAUGUUUCCUUAAAGAUCUCAAAGUCUGGUGACCCGAGAUAGACGACUCCCUGCAUCUGCAAGUCAGAUGUUGCUCACUGUGAGUUUUCUCCACAGCUAAAAAUUUGGGGCUGUUCCUGGAAUACAUCUGGUGUGUUUCAUCCGAGUUAGCACUGUGCUGUCAUUGAAAAAAUGAAGGCUGAGGUGCUGAUAUUGUGGGUCGGCUUGACUUUGUGCUGCACCCUGAUCUGCGGUCGGGAAGAUGUAAAGGAGAACAAAUUUGCUGGAGUUCAGGUGAGAGAACUUCAAACACUGACCAAGAAUAGGAGACAAGCAGAAGAAGUGGAUGCUGCAAUGUUAGACAAGCUGACUGAAGUGGUGGAAGACGAAAAGACAAAACCGAAGAAGAAAAAGAAAACACCUGAGGAGAUUGAAGCAGCCAGGGCAAAGAAGGCAGCAGAGAGGGAGGCCAAAGCAAAGAAGCAGAAAGCCCCUAAACCCACCAAAAAACCCAAACCCCCCAAACCCACGAAGAAACCCAAACCACCCAAACCCACAAAGAAGCCAAAGGUGCCCAAACCCACUAAGAAACCAAAGACGACGACCACAGUGCAGCCAGACAUCAGGCAGCCUUAUCCAGACAAGGAAGAGGAGAAGAAACUGCUGACUGAGCUGGGCUUGGACACAUCGAUUCAACCUGUGACCCCAAAGGAGCGUAGGGGGGAAGAGCCUGUUGAGCCAGACCUGGAUGACAUGUUCAGGAAGCCAACAUCUCCAACAAAAUCCCACAGUGAGCUUGAUGUUGACUACUGGCAUCCCAGACCAGAUGAGGUGCCUGGCAGAUAUCCUGAUACGAAGAAAGAAGUCACUACUCCUGAGGUCAUCAUGUACAUACCAGAGGAAUCCACCACCGUUCCAUAUAUUGGUGCCUGGUAUGAAGAAUAUGACUACACUGAUUUGGCAGCUAAAAAACAAGAAGAAGAGGAGGAGAGAGCUCUAAAAGAAAAGGCAGAAAAAGCCGAAAGACUGAGGAAGAAGUGGGAGGAGGAGGAAGAGGAGAGACGUAAGCAGAUUUCAGUGCCAGCUGAACCAAAAAAAUGUCCUCCUCUGGGCUUGGAGUCUCACCGGGUAGAAGAUGACCAGCUGUUAGCUUCCUCUCAGUCUCAUCAUGGGUUCUCAGCUCAGAGGGGGCGCCUUAACAUGCAGGGCUCUGAUAAUGAUGAAGACCUGUAUGGUGGUGCAUGGUGCGCAGAGUCAGAGGAGCGAGACCACUGGUUUCAAGUUGAUGCCCGCCGAGAGGUGGAGUUUACUGGGGUCAUUACCCAGGGAAGAAACUCUGAGCUACAUGAGGAUUUUGUGUCGUCCUACUUUGUGGCCUUCAGCAACGACAGCAGCGACUGGACUUUACUACACGAUGGCUACGCUGAAUGGUUGUUCUAUGGCAAUGUGGAUAAGGAAACACCAGUGAUGAGUCAGUUUGCUACACCAGUGGUGGCGCGUUACAUCCGUAUUCUGCCUCAGAGCUGGAAUGGCAGCCUAUGUCUCAGAGCCGAGAUCCUAGCUUGUCAGCUACCCAUCUCUGUGUCAACUCUUUCAGGAAGCCACCACAGUGAGAAUGAGGUCAACCCAUCUGAUGACCUGGACUUCAGACACCACAACUACAAGGAGAUGAGACAGAUGAUGAAGGUAAUAAAUGAGGAAUGUCCCAACAUCACCAGGAUCUAUAACAUUGGAAAAAGCUACCAGGGCCUGAAAAUGUAUGCCAUGGAAAUCUCUGAUAACCCCGGGGAGCAUGAGCCUGGUGAACCAGAAUUUCGUUACACAGCUGGCCUCCAUGGUAACGAGGCACUUGGACGAGAGCUCCUCCUCCUGCUUAUGCAAUUUCUAUGUAAAGAAUACAAUGAUGACAACCCAAGAGUGCGUCGCCUGGUGGACGGUGUUAGAAUACACUUAGUGCCCUCACUGAACCCGGAUGCUUACGAGCUGGCCUACGAGAUGGGAUCAGAGAUGGGAAACUGGGCCCUAGGCCACUGGACUGAAGAAGGUUAUGACAUCUUCCAAAAUUUUCCAGAUCUAAACAGCAUCUUGUGGGGAGCUGAAGACAGAGGCUGGGUGCCUCGUAUAGUGCCUAAUCAUCACAUCCCCCUUCCAGAAAACUUUUUCAAUGGCUCUCUUGCAGUUGAGACAAAAGCUGUAAUUUCCUGGAUGGACCGCAACCCUUUUGUUCUGGGAGCUAAUUUGCAAGGAGGCGAAAAACUGGUCACAUAUCCUUUUGACAUGCAGCGCCCACCAGUUUCUCUAACUGACAACCGUCGUUGGAGAAAUAAUGCAGAAAUGAACGACGACACCUGGGCUCGCAUUCAGCGCCAGAAUGAGGGUGCUCUGAGGGAGACUCCCGACGACGCCAUGUUUCGGUGGUUGGCAAUGUCAUAUGCCCACAGCCAUCUAACCAUGACAGAAACCUAUCGAGGCUCCUGCCAUGGAGAUGAUAUCACUGGAGGACAGGGGAUCACUAACAGAGCCAGCUGGAAGCCAGUGGUGGGAAGUAUGAAUGACUUCAGCUACCUGCACACAAACUGCUUCGAGCUCUCCAUCUUCUUGGGCUGUGAUAAGUUUCCCCAUGAGAGUGAAUUGCCUCUUGAGUGGGAGAACAACCGUGAGGCUUUGUUGUCCUUUAUUGAACAAGUACAUCGCGGAAUAAAGGGUAUUGUAAGGGAUGUAGAUGGAAAUCCACUUCCCAAUGCCACAAUAUCUGUUGAAGGGAUACGGCACGAUGUUAAAACUGCUGUGGGCGGGGAUUACUGGCGACUGCUAAAUCCUGGGGAGUACAAGGUAACAGCCAAAGCUGAUGGCUACACCCCUCAGACACGGCUCUGCAUGGUGGGCUAUGACUCUGGAGCGACACCCUGCAGUUUCACCUUAACCAAAUCCAACUGGGACCGCAUCAAGCACAUCAUGGCACUCCACGGCAAAAGGCCCAUUCGACUCAUCACCAAAGUGAAUGUAGUGAAAACAACUGCAGCCAGCACUGUGGCAGCCCCCAGCAUUGAUACAGAGCCUGAAAAUCCCGCCAACACUCACAACAUUGCGCGACGUAGAAGGCUCCGGCUGAUGCGUUUACGCAGGCUGCGUUUGCAGAGGUUACGAGCCGGCCUUAGAACCACUCCUGCAACUACAGUGACAACAACCACCACCACAGCAUCCACCACUCUACCACCUGAAACCAAGAGAACAACCUCAUGGUAUGACUCUUGGUUUCCUGUGGAUGAAUGGUCCACUGAAAACCCAUUCGAUAGUGUUGUCUUUGAGGCAGUGCCCACACAGGACUAUCCUUUUGAAUACACUAUAGAUUGAUUACUGCACACAUGAACCCAGAUCUAUCUUAUAGAAAGUCCUUACUAACCAAAUCUGCUGCAAGAUCACAGCUUUAAAACAAAACAAAAAAAACCCACAAAAAAAACACCUUUAAUGAUUUAGCUUGGACAAAAUGAGACUUGUUGGCAGCAUUGUGUAUUGAGGGUUACAUUCUUAGAAACAAAUAUUUCUUGGAGAAAGAUAAAGAAGAAAUUGAAGUCUCUGCUGAGCAAAGACUACACAGCACACAUUUAAUUAGCUCUAUGUUAAAUUAAACAUACAGUAUGUUCAAUAAGACAGGAUUAGGUCUGUCUUCAUUUUUUUAAUGGCUUCAUAGAAUCAUUUCUGGCUUCAAUUAAACUGAUUUAUUGUACUGCUGAAUGCAUUGCAUUAAAAUGACGUUAUUUUCUAAA